AUGGCUGAGUUGCCACUCCCCCCUGCUGAGGAGGGUCCUGCUGACCUCACUCUGAAACCAGAGACACACCCUAUUGAUUCAGCACCGACUGAGAACCCUACAGCUGAGAUCGGCCCCCUGUGCCGUUUUUUCCUGGAAGGGCGCUGCCGCUUUGGUGCCCGUUGCCGCAGCCCCCACCCUAACACCAGCGACACCCCUAAUUUAGAAGACCACAGACCUACCAGCCAGGAUCUUCCCCCACACCACCCCUCAGGGAAAAAACCUGCAAUGAAAACGGCCGAGGACGUCAUCUCCCGUCUCCUCUGGGACACACAGGUGCCAGCUGAACGCUUCUCCAUUGGUUACCUGGAUCGGUUUUUGGGAACUUUAGAAGAACCUUUUACUGCUUUCUCCUGGGAGGACCUGGCUUCCGCCGGGCCUGGGGUGCUGGCUAUCCCCAAACACAGAAUCCAGUACUUCAAGUAUGGGGAACGGGUGGUGUGGGAGAAGGCCAGCCGGACCGAUGAGGUCUUUGGGUCCACCGGAAGUGGGAGAACCAUCUUGCAGGUGAUCGAGGAAGCCGAAGCCGAAAGGGAGAAGGCACAGAGCCAUGCUUCAGGUGGAGAGGGAGGGAAAGGGAGUACAGGAGGGAGAACCGGGCAUCCUGGAGAGGAGGUGGGCCAUCUUGAUUCAGCCAGUGAUGUGGAAGAGGGCGUGGACAGAGCGGCUGGUGGACGGGAGGGGAUGAGGGAGCUUGAGGAAGCAAAGGACAACAUCAUCUCUAUCGAACACGGCAUCUCGGAGGGAAGUGAGAUAACCCAUGAAGCGGGAGGAAAGGUGGUCGAGUCAGGUGUGGUAGGACAUUCCGUGGAGGAGGCGGAGUCGUCCGAGCCAGUUCUCAAUGUGAAACGGGGACAUUCGCCAGUGAUGGCGGAGGAUGAGAAAAAUGGGGCCUCUGAAAGUAGAGAUGGGGGAGUCUUUCCUGGCCACAAGCGGCGCCCAACCCACUUCGUGGCCAUCCAGAUCACCGGCUCAAAGACUCGGGAAGCUGUGAGGCACGUCCAGAAGGCCCUCUGCCAGGUCCGCCCCGACUUAGCCCAGUUCUGUGUGCCUUUGGCUACUCUGCAUCUCACACUGUGCCUGCUGCGUUUAGACACCCCGGAAGACAUCUACAGAGCUGUUACGGCUCUCCGGGAGCUCCAAGCUAACAGCCGUCGACUGCUGCCCCCAGCCUUGCUCCUGUCGUUCCAGGGGGUGGAGGCGUUCCAUUCCCAUGUACUCUACAUGCGCCCAGCAUCCACGGCUGAGCUGGGAACACUGGCCCACGUUUUGGAAGAUGCCUUUUGCAGGAAGGAUUUGACAGUGAUUCUCCCUCCUAGCAAAGAUAAGUUUCAUUUGACAGUGGUGAAGAUCCCCCCGGGGAAGCAGGGGCCGCAACUGCCGGAAGACUCCUCAUGGAUCCCUCCUGUUGAAGAUUUAGGGACCGAAGCCGUAGAGGCACUAUACUUGUGUGAGGCCAGACAAGGGAGGCGGACAGAUGGGUUUUAUACCACUGUACUGAGAUUAGACUUAUACUGAGGAGAGGUGGUGUGUCAGCCAGCAGAUACGUAUUACCUGGACUCUGGCCCCAGUGCACUCUGAGGGAGGGAAGAGCCUGGAUCUUGUAAUGGGAGCCACCCCUGACCUCGCUCCUGGUCCCACUUGAGUUUAUUCUGGCCAGCGCUCUCCACAAAAAGGGUUACGUAGAACAAAAUGGUGGGAGGGCUGCAUUCAGAGUAGGCAGGAAACAACUAUGCCAGUCUGUCGUACGAAGAAGCAAGUUGGAACCGUUAACCAUAGGAGUCAGGAUUAGAACCUAAUACUCGAUAAGUGGGAACAGAUCUAUUAGGCCUAAGGAUGGAAGCGGAAAGCCAGGAUAGCUCUGGCUGUCAUUUAAUUUUAUUUUUGUAUUUAUACCCUGCCCUCCCCACGGACGGGCUCAGAGCUUUUUGGACAGCCAAAGUGGUUUGCCUAGUACAAAACACUGUUUCAUUUUGUUGCACAAGGGCUUCUCUACUCACAUGAGAGGCCUGGUAGGACCUUUCAAAACAAACUUGAAAUGUUUUGACCACAUGCUUUCAGAUAAAGCACGGCCUAGGUUGCUUUCAAAGGAACUAACAAAAUUUGUG